AUGCACGACUUGCCGCCAUUCAAUCCAUUGGAGAUCAAACUGACAAGCCACCAUGAUUCGGAAGAGGCUGACAGUGUCGUCGCGAUGCCGACGACCUACUUCAACGUCUCGCCGGAUCACAUUCUCAAUCCGAAGCGCAUCGAUCACAUUGGUCGAGCGAGACUCGCGCUCGUCAUCGACGUUGGCGCGUUGGUCGCCCAACUCACAGCGCUCAGCCUACUCGUUUGCGACUAUUUGACGGAAUCCAAUCGCGGUCGAUUCCUCUGGAUCAUUUUGCCGAUGUGGACCGUCCUAUCCUACAUUAUCAUCGUGUAUGGGAAGCGAACGAACGCGCCGACGCUGAUCGCGACGAUUCGAUUCCUGUUCGACGCCAUCUUCCUCAUCGACAUGCUCAUCAGCGUCGAGUCAAACCAAUCGCGUCGUCUCACCAUUUUCACGUUCAUCGCCUUCGAGCUCAUCCGCUUCAAUCUGUUCUUCAUGAUCGCGCGGCUCAUCGGCAAGCACUACGACCAAACGCGCACAAUCAUCACAACGAUUAUUUGA